CACAUGCGCAGUAUUUUCAAGUCGCCCCACCCUCUUACGGGCCCAAGCUCAGGCCGCUCGCAAUGUCGGGGCGUUGGGUUUUGGGGACGGUGGUAGCGGUACGGCGUAGUGUCGCGUCACGGCAGAGUUUUGUCUCCUGGAACUCCUGGAGAUCAUCCAGCUCCAAAACUGAAAGUCAAAUGAAUUUGAAAAAGGAGCCUUUAAAAAAGCCUGAAACACCUGUUGGUCGCUUUGAUCAUCCACAACAGGAUCCUUUGGGAGGAGAUGCCCUGGAAAGGUUUCCUGAUGACAUCAAUCCGGUUACAAAGGAAAAGGACGGACCAAGAGGUCCAGAGCCCACUCGCUAUGGAGACUGGGAACGAAGGGGACGUUGUAUUGACUUCUAGUUUUUUCUGUUGACCAUAUAUGGGUGUAUAUAGUUUGAAUAUUUUGUGUUUAAUAUGUAUUGGUAAAAGCAUUUAAAAAUAAUGACAUCAGUAUCUCUCAAUUUCUUUGCAACAAAUGACUAUAUAAUUAAAAAAGUCUUUACAUUCAUACAACACUCAGAGUGCUGGAGGAUCUCAGCAGGCCAGGCAGCAUCUAUGGAAAAGAGUAUCGUCAACUUUUCGGGCUGAGACCCUUCAUCAGGACUCUAAAUUAGAUUUUAUCAUAAGUUCAAGAUGAGUUGUUGGCCACGUAUGCACUUCCU